AUGGACUCCGCUAAUAUACAACCUCCUUCAUCUUUAAUUCCAUAUGAAACAACGACGCUAAUUGCUGAUACAAAUUUUGGCUCCCUCUUUAACUCCCUCCAAAGCAAUGGCUCUGAGCUAUUUGCACAACAAAAACACGAUAUUAAAGAACAAGUUAAUGUCGAAGAUCAUGAGCUAAGUGAUCAACUAUCUUUAAGAUCAGAGUUAGAAGAUCCGUUUGCGAAUUCCAGUAGCGAAGAUCCCGAUUUCGUUCCCUCGGAUGAAAACGAGGAUGUGCAAGAAAAUCAGGCUGAUGUUGAGGGUAAAAGCAAAACAAGGAAAAGGAAAAGGCAGAAGAGUGGUUGGAAAAGAAAUAUUAUUAAAUCUGCCAGGAAUAGUGGAGCUGAAUACAAAAACUGGAAUGGAAAUUUUCAGAAUAAAAGGAGUAUCAAGCCGGCUUGUCAAAAUUGUAGAAAGAGAUGCAAUGAGAACUUCUCAGAAGAAGAACGCUCUGCAAUAUUUAAAGCUUUUUGGGAUUUACAGGACAUUAAUAGACAGCAUGAUUAUAUUGCCAAGGAGGUUAGUGUUCAAAAUACACAACGUUCUCGUCCGAGAUCAAAAAAAUCAGAACAUGACAACUUAGCUUGCAGAAGGCUAGUUACUUAUAGAUACAUGCUCACAUACAACGGAAAAACAGUUCCAGUAUGUAAAACAUUUUUUCUAAAUACGUUGAGUAUAAGUGGACAUGGUAGAGACCGUAUUUCAGAAGAUGGAAGUACUGGUGUUGUAACCGAAGAUAGAAGAGGCAAAGCCUGUAAAAACUCUCAGCUAGACAAUUAA